AUGCGCUCUCUCUCGCUCGCCUGCGCGCUUGCGGUCGCCGCAACUGGUGCACUCGCAGCAUCGUCGACUCCCUGCGUCCUUCAGGGCGCGAGCAUCGGCAAGUUUGACCUGCGCGGGUUAAGGACGAAGAAGCAGGACUAUGUCGCGACGAACCCGGAUGGCGGCGCAAUCAGCCUGAACUUCUGCGGCGCAGUGUCGGAUCAGGCUUCACCUGCAGAGGCUGCGCAAGGUUACGGAGCGUACAUCGAGGACACUCGCGGCGGUAUCUCCCUUGGCGAGUACUCGACGACCCCCGCGUACCACAACGGCCAGCUCUCGCUCACGUACAAGAACGGCGCCGCAUGCCCCAACUCGAAUGCUCGCCGCUCGUCGCUCAUCUAUCUCCAGUGCGACCAGUCGUGGACUUCUGGCAACAAGCUCGACCUGAUCGACUCGGUCGAUGAUUGCGUGUACUUCUUCACGAUGAAGACGCCUUACGCGUGCUCGCAGUCCGGCGGUUUCUUCAGCGCUAUCUGGGGUGCGAUCGUCUUCCUGUUCUGGAUCGGCGUCGUUGUCGGAGGCGCCUUCUUCGUCUACACUCGCUUCUUCGCUAAGCGCGGCGGGCAGACGCUCGGCGGCUCGAGCGGCGGAGGAGCAGGCGAGGCUGUCUCGUUCGUCAAGGACAUGAUCAUCAUCGGUGGUGUCUGGCUCAUCGACGCCGCCCAGAACGUCUUCAACGCCGUCCGGUCCCGCCGUUCGCGCGCCUCGACCGACUACAACUACAACUACCAGCCCGCUCCCGCCUCCCCGCAGCACCGCCAGCAGUCCUCCGGCCAGCCUGACUACUCCUCGUCGGCAUGGCAGGCUCCCGCUCGUUCGGGACCGAACCCGCCCGCUCCGCCUGCGAAGAGUCCCCCUCCUCAGGCUCACAACCCCCUCGCGGGCGGUGGAAGCUUGUUGGAGGAUGACGAGGACGACGAGGAUGAGGAGGCGAAGUUGGCGAUGCCUGGAACGCGUGGGGCGAACGGGAGGAACGGAGACUUGGUUUAG